GUGCCGUUGGCCCUGCCAUUGACCCAUAUGUCCUCAUCUCUCUCCCAUCCCUCCCUAACUGCGCUGCGCCCAUCCCCUGCCGUCUCUGUCCCUGCGCGUUGCCAUGCGUUGCCAUGCGGUGCCAUGCAAUGUAUGCGGUGCGAUCGCUGGGAAGCCAGCAGCCGCCACUCACCGGUAGCAUCCCUUCCGCCAUCGCCACCCUCGCCACACUCACCUAUAUCGAUCUGAGCACCAACAACUUGACGGGUCCACUCCCCACUGCCAUCGACUCUCUUUCCGACCUGCAAUUCCUUCAGCUGCGGCAGAACAACUUCUCUGGCGAAAUCCCACCAGCCAUCGGAUCCCUCUCCAAAGCUCACUGGCCUGCCUUGGUGCGCAUUGCUUCCAUCACCCCCCACCACCUUCGUCUCGUUCAACCUCCCAUCUUUACGCUCCCGUUCUUUUCCUUUCACACGCGCUUGUCCCCUCCUCCGCUUCCUCCCCUCCUCUUUCGCUUUCUCUUCCCACCCCAAUUCCUCACUUUUCUUUCCUUCCGCUCUCCCCGCUCUCCGUUCUGCCUGCUACCUCUCCUCCUCCUGCCAGGGACCUCUCCGUGA